AUGAAGAGUCAGAAGGUAGGUCAUGAAAAAGAGCCCUUAAAGCACAGACGUUGUGAAACACUUAAUUGGAUACUAGCUGGAACCAUGGAUGAAUUUGAUGAUUUGGAUGACUAUUUAGAAGAUCCAAGCAAGUUAGAUACGACAGAGGAUGCCAAUUCUAAGGAUCAAGUUAAAAGUAAUGGACCAGGACAUAAAGGUCCGGAACCUCUGGGUAACAAUGAUGACCCUGAGGUAGCUGAAAUGAUGGAAGAUUUACAAAAACAAUUUGAACAGUUAAUGCAAGAUGGUGGGGAGGGUGCAGAUCAAGAAAUGGUAAAGAAUUUUGAAAGUCUUCUAAACGUCCUUGGAGACGCAUCUAAGGAAAAGGAGCAGAAAAGCAGCAACAUUAAAAAAGUCCAAGACGAAUUAAAAAACAGCGAAGGUGAUGGCUUCAAGAGUAUCAUAUCGAAUACACUUGACAGAUUAAAAGAGAGCUCAACCAAAGUUGACGAAACUCUAGAAGAAGAAAAGAAGAGUCAGAACUCCGAUGACAUCUUAUCACAAUUAUUGGAUCAAUUAGUUGCUAACGGGGAUAGUCUUGAUGGGUCAGGGGAAGAAGGAAUGGAUAAUGCAAUUUUGAAAAUGCUCUCACAAAUGUCCUCGAAAGAAGUUUUGUAUCAGCCUAUGAAACAGAUGCAAGUUGAAUUUACCGAAUGGUUAAAGGUCAAUGAAGUGAAUCCGGAUCCAGAACAUUCGGAUAAAAUAGAUGAUUACAGAAAGCAAUAUCUGCUCAUCAACAAGAUUAUCGGAAUAUACGAAUCAAGCGACUAUACGAAUGAAAAGUACCACUCGGAAAUUGCAGAUCUUCUAGAUGAACUUGAGCAAUUGGGCGACUCCCCAGUGGCCAAAGGUUUCAACAAUUCUGAGGCCGGAAACGAUAUGUCCGAACUAGCCAAAUUGCUAGAAAUUCAAGGCGAUGACAACAUUGGUGAGAUCGAUAAGGACUUGGAAGAUACUUGUAAGCAACAAUGA